GAGUCAGCGCUUGAAGCGGCGAAAGCGCUUUUAGAGUCAUCAAAGGACAAGACUUGGCAGCAACUCGUCGGGAAGAAACUCGACGACAUCCAAGGCAGUCCCUAUUGUGAGAGAGUGAUCACAAAACGUAGCGAUUACGGAUUUAAACCAAAGCUAUUCCAAGAUAAACUUAGUGGAAGCGAAGUCGACAAGAUCAUUACGCCUGGUAUUGUUGUUCUGUUUUAUUUUUUACAAUUCUAUCGCAAAUGUCUUACACCACCGAAUGAUUAA